GCAGCCAAUGCUUUGGAGCAAGAAACUAAACUGGGAUUACGACGCUUUGAAGUCUGUGACAAUGUUGAUCUUGAAACUAUUUUGAUGGAAUAUGAGAGCUAUUAUUUUGUGAAGUUUCAGAAAUACCCCAAAAUUGUCAAAAAGGCACCAGAUGCAGCAGAAAAUAACUUACCACAAAGAAGUGGAGGGAAGACCAGAAGGGCGAUGAGUGACAAUUGUCAAAAUCUUCCGAAGAUCAGUCAGCAGAGGCCGUGGUCCAAAACUAUGGUGGGAAAGCCAAGGGACACCAGACCCCUCCAUAAGGAGCAUCCCAAACAGGAGGAUGUCAAUGAUGCUCACAUGGAGAGUGCUGACUUUGGCUUAAGUAUAUCAGGAAUGAACAAAGGCAGUGGAGAGGAAAAUGUUCGCCUACAUAAAGGCCAAAUCAUUGACUUCCGGGAGCUGCUCACAGAUGCUAUCAAAGGCACAACCAGCAAACUUGGCUUGAACAGCUUCGGCUGUAACCCAGACCCCUCUGAACGAUUGCUGAAACCUCUGAGUGCAUUUAUUGGCAUGAAUAGUGAGAUGCGAGAAUUGGCAGCCGUGGUGAGCCGGGACAUUUAUCUCCAUAAUCCAAACAUAAAGUGGAAUGACAUUAUUGGACUGGAUGCAGCCAAGCAGUUAGUCAAAGAAGCUGUUGUGUAUCCUAUAAGGUACCCCCAGCUGUUCACAGGAAUUCUUUCGCCCUGGAAAGGACUGCUGCUCUAUGGCCCUCCAGGUACAGGAAAGACUUUACUGGCCAAAGCAGUGGCCACGGAAUGCAAAACAACCUUCUUCAACAUUUCUGCGUCUACCAUUGUCAGCAAAUGGAGAGGGGAUUCAGAAAAACUUGUUCGGGUGUUAUUUGAACUUGCCCGCUAUCAUGCCCCCUCCACCAUCUUCCUGGACGAACUGGAGUCAGUGAUGAGUCAGAGAGGCACAGCUCCUGGGGGAGAGCAUGAAGGAAGCCUUCGGAUGAAGACAGAGUUACUGGUGCAGAUGGAUGGGCUGGCUCGCUCAGAAGACCUUGUAUUUGUCUUAGCAGCCUCUAACCUGCCAUGGGAGCUGGACUGUGCCAUGCUGCGUCGCCUGGAGAAGAGGAUUCUGGUUGAUCUCCCCAGCCAGGAGGCCAGGCAGGCCAUGAUCCACCACUGGCUGCCCCCUGUGAGCAAGAACACAGCCUUGGAGCUGCGCACAGAGCUGGAAUACAGCGUGCUGAGCCAGGAGACAGAGGGCUACUCGGGCUCAGACAUUAAGCUAGUCUGCAGAGAAGCAGCCAUGCGGCCUGUGAGGAAGAUCUUCAGUGCAUUGGAAAACCAUCAGUCAGAGAGCAGCAAUUUACCUGGGAUUCAGCUGGAUACAGUGACCACUGCCGACUUUUUGGAUGUGCUAGCUCACACCAAGCCUUCAGCAAAGAAUCUCACUCAGAGAUACUCAGCCUGGCAAAGUGAAUUCGAGUCUGUUUGAAUUCACAUUUAUCCUGACCUGGCCACAUACACAAUCGCAGAGGCCUCCUGGUUUAUUAACGUAAGAGGGAGAAGAACAUGAUUGGAAUAGAAAAAAAAUUAUUCUGGAAGACUGGGUUAAUUUGGACAACUGUAUUGUUUUGGAAAUAUGAGAUAUUUUCAUUAAUUUUUCAUGAUUGAUGUCAACAAAAUACAGAUUUCAGUUACAAGUAUGUGUGCUAUUAGGUCAUGCAAUGGAGGCUAUUCUUACAAUUAGACUCCAUAAAAUUUUGAUGAACAGUUUCUUGUGGUGUUCCUCCUUUGUGGACUGGUAUUUUCAUUUCAAAGAAAAAUAUGUAAUUAGGAAAGUGCUGGAAUGCACUGGAUGGUUUUGAGUUGGGGAACCAAUCAGAAGUUAAGCUUGACAGGCCAUCUGACCGGCUGGCAAUUCAAGGGUAGAUAAGGAUGAGGGCAGGGAAGGAAAUGUCAAGUCUGUUUCUUUGGACAAUAUACUGUAUCUCAUCAGCUCUCCCUAAUUCCAACUCCACCCAGUUUUGUCCGCAGCAAACUCCUACCAGACUAGGCCCCACUCAGAAAGCCUCUGACCCACCUCCAGAGAUGAGUGCAUCGAGUCUACAGCUAACAGUGGUGGCUAAGUACACCUCGACCAUUAGCUACCACUUUGAGUUCUAGGCCCUAAUAACAUUUUUUGACCACUCAUGUCUUAUAUCCUGUGUGUUCUGCCCUUUUCUUCCCAAUGCCAUAGCUUCCUGAUGGAGCCAAACUUAGGAUGGGGCACCUGAGCUUCUAGAACAGUCACCAUGAGUCUCCCCAGUCCUGGGCUUCUCCACAUCUCCUUAUGGGUUAUAAACAGCUGCAAACAUCUCCUUCGGAAACCCAUCAUCUGAAGCAUCUACUUUUAACUCUUGAAAGAUUUUGAAGGCUUCCAUUAAGCAAUGCCUCCCCUCUUCCCAACUAUAACUUACCUAUGGUAAAUUACCUUCUUUUCCUUAUUUUCUUCAUCCCUGCAAGGCAGAUUCCUCUGGAGAAGAAAACUUCCAGGAAAAGGGACAUUUUAUAUAGCUAAAUAUUCCAAAGGUUUUACCCUUUUAAACAAAAACAAAGCAUAUUUGGGGUAUUGAUUAUUUUGAGUGGAAUACUCUCAAAUGCCCCUAAAAAUGUCAUUUCAUAGAAAAAUGCAGUCAAAUAGAAAAUGUCUUAUAUAAUGAAUUUAAAAUAAGACAUUUCAUCUUUGUAUAUGCUAAACUUAAACUUCUUCAUGAUCAUGAGGUGUUACACUAUACCUUGGUGUAUAAGUCUCUAAAUGGCCUCAAACUGCUGUACUGUUCAAUUUCCAUCUGCUAGUUCCUGGUUUUGGUUUGUUUUUUUUUGUUAGUUACAUUUCUUGUAGCUGUUAGUCCAUUUACGUGUGGUCACUGCCACCCUUUUGAUUUCACAAAAUCUCAGGAUGGAAACUCAACUGUUGCUUAUUUGCUGUGGAAAGUAGAUACAUGCUUUUAAGAAUGAAUAGGUAAAGGGACAGAGAAGAUGCUCCUGUGCAAGCUUUGUGGCAGUAUGUUUGGGCCCUCUUAGCUUCUGUGGAUUCCUGACUCCAUUCACAGUAAGAGUGGCUUGGCAUUGCUCACAGCAAACACAUGGUAACUUGCUUCCACUUCUAAAACCCCACACACAACGUACUGUGUACUUACUUGACUCACCUCCAUGUUCUUCCUCCAUUCCUUCUAAUUAUUUCCAGGUUCAUAUUUCUAAUACUUCCAUCUACAUUCAGUCCCAUGACCAAUCCUCUUCUUUUCUCCUUGGAAAGUUUGUCUCCAAAUAAUUAUGCUUAAAUGUUUUAGGUCAUGCUUUAUUCCAGUGGCUUCUUCUUUAUCAGGUUUAUAACCUAAUGGCUUCCUGCUUUGAAUGAAAUGAAACGUAGCUCUCUCAUCCCUCUGUUGGGCCCCUAUCACACAUACAUGUCUUUAUCUAUCAUCCCCAAAUAGUUACAAGUACAGGUUAACUUGAUAAUGAGCAUUUCUAUGAGAACUGUACCUUGUUAACUG